AUGAUACCAUCAGAGAAAGUAUCAAUAACUAAUCAAUGUUCACCUGUAGUUAAACUUCAGUGUGUAGAAUUGUAUUUUAAUGAUACACAAACUUUUCUUAAUUUUUCUCAUCAUUAUUCUCGUAUAAUCAAUAAAUUAUUCGAUGAAAACAUGUCAACAAAUACAUCAAUGGAUAACGCAUUAUUUAUACAUAUUGCAUAUGAUUCACUCGGUGUAUUCAGUUUAAAAACAAUUCAAUCACUUGAAAAUAUACCGCAGCGAAAAUUUCAUGAUUUAGGAUUAGUAAUGAGAAAUCGUAUAAAUCAAACAACACUUUUUAUUCAUUCUGAUGUUCAAAAUUCAACGUUUCGUGUUAUACAAGUAUACAUCGAUUGUGGUGAUCAGCAAGGCUGGAAUACGUAUGAUUACGUUCGUAAAAUUUCAAACGAAAAGCGACCAGACUACAUUAAAUGUGAAAUUUCAACGCCAGCGUCUAUGACAACUGAGCCAUGGACAAUAUCUACUCGACGUAGUACUCUAUCUACUAUAGAUAAACAAGCCACUAUAUACAUUUCAUCUGCCAUCCAUAAGAAUGCCACGAUCAUUUCAUCUACUAGCAAUACCGGAAUAAUUGUAUACACAACAUCUAGUACAACUAAAGGCUCUACUUCAUUAGCUACUCUAAGAUCAGUUAACAUGUCCAAAUCAUCUCAUACUGCUAAAAAAUAUACACACUCAUCAUUCACCACUACUAAAUCAACUACCGCAAUUGCAUCACCUAGUACUAUUGAAAAUGUCACACAAACAUCGUCUACCACCAAUAAACGACCUAUCAAACAGCCAAUAUUUAACACUACUGAAAAUAGCAGCAUAAACAUAUCAUCUACUGCUCAUAAAAUACAAUCAUAUGCAACAUCGUUUUCUACUGAAACAACAACUAUUGUUAGCACUAAAGCGACUGAACAAAUAUUUAUAACUACUCAUUCAGUUACUAUCAGUACUGAUAUGUACACUUCUUCGAAAUCAAUAAAAUCAACAGAGCGAAACGGAUCCAGGCUUAUUCUUAUAUUCAGUCUUUCUAUAGUUGUCUCUUUACUUUCGUGCCUAUUAAUUGCGUUACUUGUUUAUAAAUUGUGCAACAAAGAAAUUCUAGGAGAAGACGGCGACGAAGAAGAUGAAGAUGAAAAACAACGACGACAAUUAAGUACACCAUUUUGCGUACUUAAUUCAACAUCAAAUACUGAAAGUGCAAUGUCAUCAAGCCAAUGGAAAAGACGUUUAUUUUGA